AUGCCACGUGUGCGCACUCGACAUAUCGCUCUCUGCGUCUCCAUCGUUUGUUGGGUUUACUACUUCCUUCCUAAAGACGAAGCCUUUCCGUCCCGCCAUGGCGCGGAUCACGGUUCCACCGCCGCGUUGGCGCGCUAUAUGAACGAUCCAUCUCAGAUCCCGCAUAUCCUCGCGACCCCGAGUAGCUUCGACUGGAGUUCUGUGAACUUCACCUACCGGCCACCGCUCACGCCCAAGCGUCCUGCGCCUUUCACAAAACGUCCUCGUGUCCAACAUAACUUCAAACCCGACUCAAACAAUGUGCAUGCCAUACAAGAGGGAAGACGGUUGGAGGUGAAGCGGGUAUUUGCGAAGAGCUGGGCAAGCUACAGGAGCAAGGCAUGGAGGAAGGACGCGUUGAAGCCGAUAAGUGGAGAAUACGUCGACCAGUUUUCUGGCUGGGCUGCGACAUUGGUAGAUUCCCUGGACACACUUUGGAUGCUAGGGAUGCGGGAUGAAUUCUACGAAGCUGUCGAAGCGGUAGCGACGAUUGAUUUCGGCAGGUCUACGGCGCCGACAGUCAAUACAUUCGAGACAUGUAUACGGUACCUGGGCGGGCUCCUUGCUGCAUACGACUUGAGCGGACACGAUGUGCUAAAGGCGAAAGCGAUCGAGGUGGGCGACUUGCUAUAUGGCGCGUUUAACACAAAGAAUGGCAUGCCUGUCGACUUUAUCAACUUUGAAGAUGCGAAGAAGGGCACUGGUUUGAUUGUCGAGAAUCAAGUGGUUAGCGCAAGUCCAGGCACCAUCACGCUGGAGUUCAGCAGGCUGAGCCAGAUUACGGGAGACGACAAGUACUAUGCUGCCGUGUCGAACCUAAUGGACGUCUUCUCCGAGAAUCAGAACGCGACGAAGCUGCCUGGCAUGUGGCCUAUGAUGGUGUCUAUGCGCGCGAAGGAUGUUGUCUCUGGCUACCAAUUUACAAUAGGUGGAAACGCGGAUUCUUUAUAUGAGUAUCUGCCAAAGGCGCAUGCUCUGCUUGGAUCUGCAGAGCCAAGCUCGAGCAAGUACGAGGCCAUGUCACGCGCUUUCAUGGAUACGGCGAUGAACAACCUGUUCUUCGCGCCUAUGAUACCGGGGACCGAGGACAUUCUAAUUUCGGGCAAUGUUGAUGUCCAUGCGGACGGUCCCAGUCUUGACCCAGAAAGCGAGCAUCUAUCAUGCUUCAUUGGUGGUCUUUUCGCGCUCGGCGGGCGCCUGUUUGAUGAUGCGGAAUACCUUGAAACCGGAGCGAAGCUUGCUCGCGGAUGUGCAUACGCUUACAAGUCCUUUCCUACUGGUAUCAUGCCAGAAAGGUACAACAUGGUUCUAUGCCCUAGCUCUGACCAUCGCAAAACUUGCGCUUAUGACGAAGAGCGCUACGCUGUAGAAGCAGCUGCACGACCACAGCACAAACCCCACCUGCCCAAAGGUUUUACUACCGCCAAAGACCCCCGCUACAUCCUCCGUCCCGAGGCCAUUGAAUCCAUCUUCAUACUCUGGCGUAUUACCGGCGACCCUAUCUGGCGUGAGAUUGCUUGGGAGAUGUUCGAAGCCGUAGCAAAUGCAACGGAUACAGAGCUUGCGAAUGCAGCGAUUAUGGAUGUUACUGUUAUUGGUUCAAAGAAAGAAGACUACAUGGAGAGUUUCUGGAUGGCAGAGACGCUGAAGUACUUUUAUCUGUGCUUUGCAGAUACGGGUCUGGUUAGCUUGGAUGACUUUGUGUUGAAUACUGAGGCGCAUCCUUUUCGGCUACCCAAGGGGUGA